AUGACCAGCGCCGAGAAGCCAUUGCCUCGCCGGAAGGCCAAACGCGUUAGCGUGCGGGGCAAAGGCUCAGUGUACCCCAAAGGUCUCAGUGCCCCCAUCGAUCACGCGCAGCCCAAUUCCAACGCCUCGCCUUCAGACACGCCAAAUGUUUCGAUCGACGACAAAGCCACCGCUGCUAACCCUCCCUCCUCUUCGACGACCAAGCUCAGAGUUCCAGCCACACAGGAGCCUUUCGUGUUUGGCUCCGGGGCUACUGCCGCCUUUCAUCCUCCCGAACCUCCUCUCAGCGAUGCUGCCCUUCAGGCAAUUGAAGACCGCGUCGACUCACGUGUCCGCUCCCAACACAAAUCCCUCCAGACUGCUCUUGGGUUCCAGAUCAACGCCCGCCUUUCGGCGGGAUUAGACCGUCUCAAAACCGCAGCGCGAGAGGAGGUCAGACUGCGCAGCCUUGCGACGCUGAACUCCCUCCGAGGUGAUCAGCACAAGGCCCAGCAAGUCCUCCUCCUGCAAGCCGAAGCACAAGUGAGCGCCGCAAGGGCACACUUAACGAACUGGCUUCAGGAUGAAAUCCAGAGCCUGUGUAGCGCGCAGAAGGCAGAGGUUAUAAAGCGGGAUACGGCGUAUGCUGAGCUUAUCCGAGAGUUGAGGGAUGAGAUGGAGGCUCUGGCUGGCAGUGUGGAUGCUGUGUCGCGCGCGGAGAGGGCGGCGAUGAAGGAUGAGCUGAAAGACGAGCUGAGGGCCGAGAUAAAGGAGCAGCUCAAGGCCGAGCUCAUGAACGAACUUAGGGCCGAGCUUCGAGGAGAGCUCGCUACUCAGCACGUUCAGCUCGGUGCCCGUCUGAUGGCGGAGUUGGCGCCAGCUUUGCGAGAGGCCGAUGGUGAGAUUCCCAAGCUCGAACCUCCCGCCCGAUCCACCAACUACCCUCCUAACAAGCCAGCAUCCAAAGACCAGGCCGACCUCUCUUCCACCUUGUUGGCUCGUCACCUCAAUUCAAUGCCGCCGCCCGCCAGCGCCGCCCGCCAUCCCCAGGUCAACACCGAUAACCAAUGCAGGAGCCCGAAGGAAAGGCUCGCCGCCAUCGUCAAAGCUCUCGCAGACGGCACGCUGGAUGAUGAGACGCCGUCUCAUUCUGCUUCCACUAUGCAGGGUUCGACGCCCGGUGCGUUCUUCGGGCAGCCAGGGCUCCAGGCUUUGAGACAGUCUGCGUACGACAGUUCUGACUGGGACUCCGACUGA